CGUGGCACCGCCCUACGACACUUCCUCCAUUGUCCUUCUUUCCGAGGUUCUCUCCGCGAGGAAGGAUGGCUCAGAACAAUUAUUUCGGAUUUACCCACGGCGGGACGCAGUAUGGGGCGACCAGCGCCGCAUAUCAGGCCGGCCAGCCGGGAUACGCGGUAACGCCGGCGGCGACUGCUGCCACGUACACCCAGCGACCCGCCGCCGCCGCUGCGACCGGCUACGAGACCUAUCAAGCGGCUGCCGCAGCCGCCGCGACCGGGACGACUUACGCAGCUGCAAAUGCUGGCACCGUAGCUCAGACCUACGACUACGGCUACGGACGAGCUGCACCGGCGGCCACGUACGACGCGACCAAGACUUAUUACCAGCAACCGGCGGCCGCCGCAGCCACGUACACCACCACUGAGACUCACUACCAGGCUACGAAACCCGCUUACAGCACGACCAGCGCCUACACAGGCACCGCUAGACAAGCCACUACUACCGGGCAGGCUAAGACCUAUCAAGCCUCCAGCACAGCUUAUCAGCAGUCGAAUCCUACGCAGAGCGCCACUUACUCGUCGGGAUACACGGCUCCGGCUACGCCCGCCGCCACUCCGUCGACCGCGACAAAUAAAACGGCGAACACAACGUAUUCCGGCUACGACGCAGCGCUAUAUAGCGCUGCGACUAUGUAUGUAGCCCAACAGAGUGCAAACAGCAAUUCCACUAACCAGAAGACUGGAGGUUGGCAGGGCUACGGACGGAAGGGAUUCGGCGCCGGCGGUGGAGGGAUGAAGGCAAUGCGGCCCAAGCAGCCUCCUAAGCCUCAGCAACUGCACUAUUGCGAUGUCUGUAAGAUCAGCUGCGCCGGGCCACAGACCUACCGUGAGCAUCUCGAGGGGCAGAAGCACAAGAAGAAGGAGGCCUCCCUGAAGGUACCGCAGCAGCCGCCAGCGCGUGGAGCGGGCAACAGUCUUCGAUGCGAACUGUGUGAUGUCACUUGUACCGGAAACGAUGCUUACGCCGCUCACAUAAGGGGUGCUAAACAUCAGAAGGUUGUCAAGUUGCACACCAAGCUUGGCAAGCCUAUACCGAGCGCGGAUCCGACUGUCCUGAAUCCAAAGCCAGCAGCAGCCGCGAAAGCUGCGGCUACCAAGAAGCCGACGGUUACAGCUACGCCUAAGAUCAACUUCGUCGCCUCUGGCAACUUGGGCACGGUGAACCAGAAUCAAACUGCAGAAGUUAAGCAGGAGGAACCGGCUACCGAAGAAGCCGUGGAGGAGGCCGCGGUCGAUGAGAAAGACAUUCAGCCGGUCGGCCAGGAGUACAUCGAGGAGAACAAGUCCGAGGACGGGAAGAUUAUAAGCUUCAAUUGUAAACUGUGCGAGUGUCGGUUCAAUGAUCCCAAUGCCAAAGACAUGCAUAUGAAGGGUCGCCGUCACAGAUUCGCCUACAAGAAGAAGGUCAACCCCGAUUUGGUCGUGGACAUGAAACCGAGUCUUAAGCAGCGCAAAAUGUUGGAGGAGAAGCUGCGUAGGCAGCAGAUGCGCGACGAGUAUCUACGUCGCCGGGAGGAGAUCAAUCAGUUGGGCCCUAUGGGACCCAUGAUGGACGAGGAGAUGAUAUACUGGGAGGAGAGGCGCCGCUACGAGGAGGAGUGUGAAUAUUACGAGUGGUACCGACGAUACGGACGUGGGCCGGGCGCUCCGCCGAUUCCGCGUCCGUUCCAAGGACCGCCGCCCAUAAUGAUGUUCCCGGGACCGCAAAGACGGCCGGACUCGUCGGACGAUAAACAUGUAUUGGCUCACCACACGACUAUCUAUCCCAAGGAACAAGAACUGUUGGCGGUCCAGAAAAUAGUUUCCCACACGGAGAAGGCAUUGAAGUUCGUGUCGGAUGCCUUGGCUGAGGCUGGCAAAAAGAGCACUCCUGCCAGUGCCAACGCUACUGCGGCAGCAACGGUUCCGGCCAGUGCCCCGCAGGCGAACGCCGACGCGUUGAAGAAGGACGAGGCCGACAAGAAGAAAGCGAUGACGCCACAAAAGGAGGAUGGUAGCGACGGGAAUCUAUUCUCGUUUCAGAAGGAGAAAGAAGAUUCUAGGAUACUGCGUGGCGUUAUGCGCGUUGGAAACUUGGCCAAAGGACUGUUGCUAUCCGGAGACAAUCACGUUUGUCUCGUUGUCUUGUGCGCAGAAAAACCUACCAGGACAUUGCUCAAUAAGGUCGCGGAGAUUUUGCCCGGUGAAUUAAAGAACGUAGCUCCUGAGGAGACCUACAACGUCGGGAAGCAUCCGGAAUCCGCGGCUCUGACAGUCUCAGGCGGUACCGUCACCGUCAGCGUGACCCUUACCAGUCCCUUGAUGCGCGAGACUCCCAAGGCGAUCCCGGCAGCAGAUAAUGCUGGACAGCAGCAGCAGGAAGCUGCUCAACUGCAAACAACGCCCGCGGCCCCCACCGUGACGAAACCAGACCCACCAGAUGUACUUCCCAAGGCUAAGUGUUUGGAGGCUUUAGCUGCACUCAGGCAUGCCAAGUGGUUUCAGGCUAGAGCCACCUCGCUGCAGAGCUGCGUUAUGGUUAUCCGUAUAAUGCGUGACCUGUGCAAUCGUGUGCCAACAUGGGGUCCGUUAAAUCCUUGGGCAUUGGAACUGUUGACUGAGAAGGUGAUUAGCACUGCGGGAGGCCCUCUUAGUCCCGGUGAAGCCCUCAGAAGACUUCUAGAAUGCGUAGCUGGAGGAAUAUUGCUACCGGGUAGUCCAGGAUUAUCCGAUCCGUGCGAGAAGGAGCCAGUUGACGCGAUAGGAAACAUGACGUCUCAACAGAGGGAAGAUAUUACCGCGUCCGCGCAACAUGCGUUGCGACUAGUGGCGUUCCGUCAGAUUCACAAAGUCCUAGGUAUGGAACAACUGCCGCCGCCGAAAUUCAAGGGUCGAUUCGCCCGAAAGCGAAGACGCGACAACAGCAACGGAGAGGGCACGGACAGUGAGGCUUCGAAGAAGGACAAGAAGGCGGAGGAGAUCAAAAUGGAGACAGACUCCAAGUAGAAGAUCUACCAAAAGAUUCGUACCGCGAUAUACGAAUUACCUAUUAACUUAUCUAGCAUAAGAGAAGCAGUUUUUUUCCCCGCCGUGUCAGUUGCUGCUUGUUUAGGAGGAGAAAUAUCUUCGAAUAAGGACAAAGCCAUGGAACGGUUGACAUUUGUCACGAUUGUAAGGGUAUGCGUAAUCUGAGAAAUGAUGAAAGAUUGUAGGAAGAUAUGAGACGCGUUUGUCGAGCUACAAUAGCGAGCGCUCUUUGUCUCCACGUCUCUAUCGCGAAUUGUUUUUUUUUCAUGACAAUGAUUAUUUUUUUUUUCUCCCACGAUGUAUUCGAACAUCAUGUAAUAAACGUGUCACAAAAUGAAUAGCGCUAUGUUAGACAAAGCUUCGAUUGACUUGAUCUAAUUUUCUUGAAGAAACGUGAUACGAUUAGUUCUGAUAUUAGAUUUGUAUCUACGAGACUGACGGACGCGUUCAUUGAAUUUCGGACAAGUUCCGAUUUGUCUCGGUUAGGCGGUCAGUAAGAACAGGAGGAAUCUGAACGAACCAGUGGUAGUAGACGACGAACAUUUCUAAGUUUGAAGUUAAGGGUAGGCAAUAGAUUAUAUUGAGAUUUCGUGUGUAUGUUGUGUGUGUAGUCAGUACGUGUAGGAAAUAUAUCUUUUCUCUUUCUCACUUCUGCACAAAGUGACAACCAUUUAUGAUGUAUGCUAUUGUCACGUACGUGACUCACGCAGAAAAUAGCGACGAAGAAUAUUUAUAACUCGACAACUUGGAUGAUGCUUGAUGCCCCGAUGCGGAGUAUGUGCACGUGUUAACGUUUUUUCUUCUUUCUUUAACACGAUCACUAAAAUCAUUUAGUUUCAUUUGCAGAUUCUUAAUCGACGCCAGUCGAGUUGAAACCUAAACAUUUCAACUUUCAGGCACUUUUCCUUCAUUUAAGCGAAUUUCUUCCGACUUUUGUAGAUUUUCUGUUCUAUAUUUUUGAAUGAUCAUUGAAUAAAACGAACAUGUGUACGGUGAAA